UGGCGGCUGGACGUGUCGGCGGCGGCCGGGGCGAGCGGGCGGCCGGAGCCGCCGCAACAACAACAGCGAGGAGAAGGUGGCGGCGUCCGUCACCGGGCAGCCGGGCUCCCCCCUCCCCCGCGCCGGGGGCCUGUGACAGCCCCGCCCGGCCGCAGCCCCGGGGAGGGGAGGGAGGACUGGGCGGGGGGGAGGCGGAGGCCUGGCCCUGCUUCGCAGCGGUGGGGCCGGCUGAGGCGAGCGAAGGUUCCCCCCCAGCUGCCUGCCUCCCCUCCGCUGCUCUUGUCGCCCCUCGCCGCCGCCGCACGGCCGCGCCCGGAGAGCGGCCCCUUCGCCGAGGCCGCCCGCGGCCCAGCUCGAACGAACGCAGAGAACAUUAUCCCCGUGCAGAUCGCAAUAAAGACCAGAUGUUAUCUAACACACCUACGGCUGGGCUAUCGAAACACUUUGUGCAAGGGGACAGAAAAAAAAUCGCACCACUCCUGCCUCUCGGCGAGGUUUCACCGAGAGGCCUCGCACCCAGCUCUUGGAGCAUCUCUUCUUCAUCAGCCUGACCAGCAUCACAGCCCUCUGCCUGGCACUUGAUCUGAAAGGAAGAACAACCCCCACCCCCUGCACCCAAAAGCUGUGACCAAUGGACAAUAUGUCUAUUACCAACACACCAACAAGUAAUGAUGCUUGUCUGAGCAUUGUCCACAGCUUGAUGUGCCAUCGCCAGGGCGGGGAGAGCGAGACCUUUGCCAAGCGCGCCAUCGAGAGCCUGGUGAAGAAGCUGAAGGAGAAGAAGGAUGAACUGGAUUCUCUGAUCACAGCCAUCACCACCAACGGAGCUCACCCCAGCAAGUGUGUCACAAUACAGAGGACGCUGGAUGGGAGGCUUCAGGUGGCUGGUCGCAAGGGAUUCCCUCAUGUGAUUUAUGCUCGUCUUUGGAGGUGGCCUGAUCUUCAUAAAAAUGAACUCAAGCAUGUUAAAUAUUGUCAGUAUGCUUUUGACUUAAAAUGUGACAGUGUCUGUGUAAACCCUUACCAUUAUGAGCGUGUAGUGUCGCCUGGCAUCGAUCUCUCAGGACUGACACUGCAGAGUUCUGCUCCGUCAAGCAUGCUGGUGAAAGACGAGUACGUUCAUGACUACGAGGGGCAGCCAUCCUUGUCUUCUGCUGAAGGCCAUUCAGUCCAGACCAUCCAGCACCCACCCAGCAACAGGGCAUCUACAGAGCCUUAUAGCACCCCAGCCAUGCUGGCUCCCACCGAGGCUAGCACUACCAGCACCACUAACUUCCCCAACAUUCCUGUGGCUUCAACAAGUCAACCUCCCAGUAUAUUGACAGGUAGCCAUAGUGAUGGACUCUUACAGAUUGCUUCAGGGCCUCAGCCAGGAGCUCAGCAGAAUGGGUUUACAGCUCAGCCAGCUACUUACCAUCACAAUAGUACAACAUCUUGGACUGGAAGUCGGACAGCAGCCUACACACCUACCAUACCUCACCACCAGAAUGGCCAUCUUCAGCAUCACCCACCUAUGCACCCUGGACAUUACUGGCCAGUUCACAAUGAACUUGCAUUCCAGCCUCCUAUAUCAAAUCAUCCUGCUCCAGAGUAUUGGUGUUCCAUUGCAUACUUCGAAAUGGACGUGCAAGUUGGGGAGACGUUUAAGGUCCCCUCCAGCUGCCCCACUGUCACCGUUGAUGGCUACGUGGAUCCCUCUGGAGGAGACCGGUUUUGCCUGGGACAGCUUUCCAACGUGCAUCGAACAGAAGCCAUCGAGAGAGCAAGGUUGCACAUAGGCAAAGGGGUGCAGCUGGAGUGCAAAGGAGAAGGCGAUGUGUGGGUUCGGUGCCUCAGCGACCACGCGGUCUUCGUGCAGAGCUACUACCUGGACAGGGAAGCAGGACGUGCCCCAGGGGAUGCUGUUCACAAGAUUUACCCAAGUGCAUACAUAAAGGUGUUUGAUCUACGCCAGUGUCAUCGUCAGAUGCAACAGCAGGCUGCCACUGCCCAAGCUGCUGCUGCUGCUCAGGCUGCAGCAGUAGCUGGAAACAUCCCUGGACCAGGAUCAGUAGGUGGAAUAGCCCCAGCCAUUAGUCUGUCAGCUGCUGCUGGCAUCGGCGUGGACGACCUCCGCCGCUUGUGCAUACUCAGGAUGAGCUUCGUCAAGGGCUGGGGACCCGACUACCCGAGGCAGAGCAUCAAGGAGACUCCCUGCUGGAUCGAGAUCCACUUACACCGUGCCCUCCAGCUGCUGGACGAGGUCCUCCACACCAUGCCCAUCGCAGACCCGCAGCCUUUAGACUGAGCCCUGCGCCGCGUCCCCUCUGCCCACCUCUGCCGCCGGGGCCGCAGGGGCAGCAGGGGCCGCAGGGGCAGCAGGGGCAGCAGGGGCCGCAGGGGCUGCGGUGCCCUGGGGAUGGUGGUGGGUUGGGAUUGUACCCUACGGUUCUGUCCAUGACCUCCGAGGUCAUCAUACUCUUUUACUUCUGUUCUGCUUUUAACCUCCUCUCGAACCCAGGCGUCCAAAACGCGUUUGCCGCCUUGCUCUUAGCAGGAAGAAGCUGAGCAUGCAGAAUUUGGGUUGGUUUGGGGCUUUGGGUUGGGUUUUUGCUUAUUUUGGGGUUUUGGU